AGAAAUUGCUUUGGGUCUUUGGUUUUCUAUUGUUCUCUCUCUGGUUUCAUGUGGAAGUUUUGAGAUGCGAAAAGGCACUUCAGAUUAUCUCUCUCUCUCUCUCUCUCUCUCUCUCUCUCUAUUUCUCUCUAUCUCUCUCUGGUUUUGGGUCUUCGGUUUCUGUGAUUGUCACUGGGGAGGAAUCGAAUGAGAAAUCGAAAUGGGGAUAUUCAAGAACAGUUUCUCUUUCAUGCUGGGGACUGUGUGUGGAGUUUACAUCGCUCAGAACUAUAAAGUUCCUAAUAUAAAGAAGCUCGUCAAAACAGGGAUCGAUAUGGCCAAGCACGUUGAAGAGACUUACCGGAAGCCAAAGAGGAAAGACGAUGAUUAAUAGUUUACUCUGUUCAUUGCUGAAAACCAGAGCCAAGAUGCUGCUCCAACCUUGUUGAGCUGUUCAUGCUUUCAAUGCAUGUGGCAAUCCCAAGACCAUGGAAAAAAACAGUGUUUUAGAAGUUUCGGGAAAUUGGCAUUGGGUGUACGGAUUCUGCAAUUAAAGUAUUGCUCAAAGGAGAAUUUUUUUGAAUGAGGAUACCGGAGGAGCUGUAGUACUGUAGUUGCUCACUUUACUGUAUGUAACAUUGGUUUUGUAAAACUUCUAAUAGUUCAGGUCCUGGGGAAUUAUCCUUUCGAAGGAAAUUUUGCAAUAAUUCAGGCAGUCAAGGACGUGCCUGCUACCAGAGUCUUUUAAGGUAGGACAAAGCUUGUAGUGAACUUUCUUACAAAAAGUUGGCUGGUUGCAUUGAGAUCUUUUCGACCA